AUGGCGCCCCCGGAGCUGCUCCUGGGCCUGGGGCUGGCGCUGCUCGGAGCUGGGAUGGGACACGGCGAGGCCCCGCCCCCAGAGGCCCCGCCCAUCUGGUGCUACAGCCGAUUGGAGGAGGCCGAAGGGGGCGGGGCCUGCUCUGAGCCGCUGGGGGAGGAGCCGCUGCCAUUGGCCGAUUGCUGCCUGAACCCCGCCUACGGCUACAGGCUCCGCCCACAGGGCCACUGCCGUGCCUGCAGCCCGGGCGCCUGGGGGCCGUGGGAGCCCUGGAGCCGCUGCUCGGUGACGUGCGAGGAGGGGACGCAGAGGAGGGGACGCAGCCGCGCGCCCGGCGGGGGACACGGCGGGGACAGCACCGAGUGGCAGCUGAGAGCGUGUGACACGGGCUGCUGCCCCGUGCCGGGGGGCUGGAGCCCCUGGUCCCCGUGGGGUCUCUGCUCCGUCACCUGUGGGGAGGGGUCCCAGCGGCGCCAGCGCAGCUGCUCCGAGCCCCCCCCGCGCUGCGGGGGCUCCUGCGGGCCCGGGGACAGCGAGGACACGCGGGGCUGUCAGGGGACAACGGCCACGUGCCCCGCCCCGGUUCAUUGGGGUCCCUGGAGCCCCUGGAGCCCCUGCUCGCGGCCCUGGGGGGACAUCUCCUGCCGCAGCGCCGUGGGGCAGCAGCGGCGCACGCGGGAAUGUGUGGGGCACAGCCCGGGGGGCGCCGCCUGCCCCACGGACGGGAGGGACGGAAUCGCCCAGUUCCGGGCCUGCUACAACAUCCAGAACUGCAUCAUGCCCGGGAACUGGUCAGACUGGAGCCACUGGGGGCUCUGCACCCCCCCCUGUGGGGCCAGCCCCACACGGAGCCGCAGCCGCGAGUGCCUCCCCAUCCUGCCCGAGUACACCCUCACGGUUCCCAACGUGGGCUCGGGGGGGGUCUCCAACGUCUCCUUCUGGGGGGCGGCGCGGGCGCGGUGCCCGCCGCUGAUGGGGCAGCGGCUGCGCCUGGAGGAGACGAGGCCGUGCAGGAACGUCCGGCCCUGCCCCCAGCCCGAGGAGGUCUGAGACCCUCGUGGGACCCCCCCGGGACCCCCCGGGACCCCCCGGGACCCCCC